CCGAGAUACUCAAUUUCUCGGCAAUCUCUCAUACUUAUUCCUUUUUAGCCGGCUGCGGGUGCGAAUCGAUCGUCCUGACCCAGAAUCGGUACCUUGUCGCUCCCUUUAUCAGUUGGAUCUAUGAACCACCACUUGUGAGUUCACGAAAGAAUUAUCACGGACAUCUCUAGCCAUGGACGUCGUGCUUGAGGUUCUCGAUACAUUUUUAUUUGAUUAUCUCUACGCUCUGGCCGCACCAGCAUCGCAGCUAGUUCCGCUGGCCUAUUCGCAGAUCCCCGAUGGCCUAAAUAAAACCGCGUCAGCUGCUGGUGGUUUCUUUUAUCGUCCCGCCUCGCAAUACUUGUAUCUGGAGCCGUCGAAAUACGCGUAUAUGAGCGCGCUACAGCGAGACAAUGUGUACAGACAGGGCUUCUCUCUUUUCAUCAUCACUUGGGUCUUCGGUCUUGCCGUAUAUUUCAUUUUUGCGACUCUUUCUUACGUUCUAGUUUUCGAUAAAACAACCGUCAAUCAUCCAAAAUAUCUCAAAAAUCAGAUUCGGCAAGAAAUUGCACAAACCUCUAGAGCGUUGCCCGUCAUGGCGAUAUUGACUGUACCCUUUUUCCUUGCAGAAGUGCGGGGUUACGGAAAGAUAUACGAUACUUUCGCCGAGGCGCCCUUCCAGCUGUACAAUAUCCUUCAAUUUCCCCUCUUCUUCAUGUUCACCGAUGGCCUGAUCUACUGGAUCCACCGCGGCUUGCACCAUCCGCUCGUUUACAAGCGCCUGCACAAGCCACACCACAAGUGGAUCAUGCCAACCCCGUUUGCUUCGCAUGCUUUCCAUCCGGUCGACGGCUGGGCGCAAAGCUUGCCGUAUCACAUCUUCCCAUUCAUCUUCCCGCUGCAGAAAUUCGCAUACGUAUUCCUCUUCAUGGCAAUCAACGUCUGGACUAUUCUCAUCCACGAUGGUGAAUACGCGAGCAACAAUCCAGUCAUCAACGGGGCCGCCUGCCACACCAUGCAUCACCUAUAUUUCAACUACAACUAUGGCCAAUUUACUACCCUCUGGGAUAGACUCGGUAGCAGCUAUCGUAAGCCAAACGAUGAGCUAUUCCGCCGUGAAACUAAGAUGGGAGAGGAAGAGUGGAAGCGACAGGUCCAAGAGAUGGAAACCCUCGUGAAGGAGGUUGAAGGCGAUGAUGAUCGCCAAUACCUACACGAAGAAGAGGACAAGAAGAAUCUGUAAAUCUGCCGGCCAGAUGACACCGACGAUAUGGCCCUUGAUCGCGUGCGUGGAUAAUAAAUACGUCUUACUCCAUGCAUGUAGGUGGGACGAAUUAUGACCAACAAACGAAACAUCUGACAAUGUCGACUGCCGGCUAGCACUUUACUCUCCGAAAGCGAACAUUUCUCUCCUUCAUGCAGGCUCUUACCCCUGCGGAUACUUCCGCCAAGGAAGUCGAAUAUUUUUUGGGGUUCUUUUGAAUUAUCUUCUAAUAAUUCCUCGUUCGGAUUCGUCCUUGAGGGCCUGACCAUAUUGUCGCACUUUGGUUGGAUUCCUGGGUAGCACUGAAAUAUCAAUCUCUGCCCUCCCGAUGUGUACAACCGAGCGAUUUAUCUUUAGAGGAGGCGGGGAUGGGUUUUGUUACUAACAUUUUUAUUCCCAAACAUGCCUGCCUGUUAAUUCUCUUUUUCUCCCGGCAGUUGCACUACCAUUUGUAUUCUUAUUUCCCUGUCUGUGUAUCUACGUUGUUAUAUAUGAAACUUUGUAAUAUCAACAUCUUUUCUAAGUAUC